UUUUCGAUGAUUUUCUAUUAUUAGGGGUUUAUGUGAUUCUUCGUUAGUUUGGGCCUUUGUAGCAAGCACUUCUAUUGUUAUGUUGUUGUUUUUAAAUUGAAGUUGUACCUGCCAUUUGUUUGGGGCAAAACGUGAUCUCAUGCUAAGUUUUUGCUAGAUGAUUGCUUAAUAGGUUGCUGGAGUCUUGGUAUAAUGAAGGACAUUAAAAUAAUUGUUCCUCUUCGGACAUGCUACGAGGUCUGAGGAGAUGAAAUCGAAAAGACUAGGCGGAUGUGAUCCCUAAAAUUUUAGGUAAUAAUAGGUUGGGAUUGUAGUGUCCACACCGACUUUCAGGCGUUGAACUGAAGAUUCUUAAGAAACCUCUUGCACCGUUAUCUUAUAUCCUUAUCAGAUUGCUCUCUCUGUCAUUUAUAUUGUUUAAAGGUGCAAUUUCUCUGCAUGUUCAUCUUCAAAAAUAUGACGCAAGAUUUUCUUUAUAGUAUAUGGUAUUUGUUCAUGCACAAACGGUAACAAAAUAUUGUUUGACAUAGCGAGUACAGUAAACUGGUUAGUACUGUAGUUGCAUUUGGCGGUUAUUUUUCCUAUCCUUUCUGAAUUCAGUUGUUGUGGAAAUUGGAGUAAGCUAUUAUUGGAUUUGAUACUUAGCUAGUUGUAGAACUAGCUAAGAGAAACAAGCAAACAGGAUAUUAUAACUCAGGAUUGUUACUGACUGGUUAUGAGCUAAAACAAUCAUGUUCCAAAUAUUUGUAAGUACAAACGUGGCAGACUCUGCAGUUAAGAGCCGAUGCACUUCUUAGAUCUUAGACUCAAAAUAAGAGUGCCUUUCUGGAUUUAAGUGGCAAAAGGGAAAGGAAAUAGCAGAGGAGAAAGAAAUGGAAGUCAAAGCUGUUGGUAAGAUUAAGGCCAUGAGUCCUCAUACCCAUAUAUUCUUCUUCAUUAUCGUUUUUUUAGGUUAUGAAGUUAGGAAUUAACACGUAACAUCGAAGUGUGAAGUGCUGGAAUCUUGGUUGGGACUUGAUUGAAAAGGGAAGUGCAAGUAUACAAAGAAAGCAGGUUGUUUGAUACAUUAAGGCAGCUUGAAACACUCUUUUCUUUUAUCUUCUCUCACAUAAGCUGGUUCUGAUCUCGUUUCGCUCUUGUGACUAUGGGAAAGGUCGAACUCGAGCAAAACAAGUUUGGUGAGUCGAAUUUGUUGUGGUGGAAGAAGAGGGAACAAAUAGGCCGACAAUGUUGAAGUUCCCUGAUGAUUCGCAGAAUCCGGAUAAUAAACUACCUGAAAAGGGUGUUCUGAGUUGUGCCCAAGAUUUGAGUAAAAUGUCAUCCUCUAGACAUUUUGGUCAAAGUAAUGCUGAAGUAGUAGCUGGUAGUUUCCAACAGCGUGCGCUUGGUAUCGUCCAUGAAGAAGCUAAUGGCUUGUUGAUUUUCAAACCUCCACUUUCACGACCACCACGUUAUCAGAUGAGAAAAAAGCUUCUCAUUCUUGAUAUUAAUGGUGUGCUUGUUGAUAUUGUAUCUCCUCCUCCCAAGGACCGGAAAGCAGACAUUAAUAUUGCUCGACGUGCCGUUUUCAAAAGACCUUCUUAUUUAGAUUUCAUGAAGUUCUGCUUUGAGCGAUUUGAAGUUGGCAUAUGGUCAUCAAGAAACGGGAAGAAUGUACAGAGAAUGGUUGAUUAUUUGAUAGGAGACCUGAAGCACAAAUUAUUAUUUUGUUGGGAUCUUUCGCGCUGCACUGCUUCAAGAUUUAAUACACUCGAAAACAAACACAAACCUCUAGUUUUCAAGCAACUGAGGAGAGUUUGGGAGAAGCAGGAUCCGAAUCUUCCAUGGGAACGGGGAGAAUAUAACGAGUCCAAUACGGUGUUGCUGGACGAUUCUCCGUACAAAGCAUUGCUUAAUUCUCCACAUACGGCAGUUUUCCCACAUUCUUACACAUAUCUGGAUGACAAAGAUACUUCAUUAGGAACAGGAGGCGAUCUUAGAAAUUACCUAGAAGGCUUGGCUGAAGCUGAAAAUGUACAGAAGUACGUGGGAGAAAACCCAUUUGGUCAAAGGCCUAUAUCAGAAGGAAGUGCAUCUUGGGACUUCUAUCACAUGGUUUUGGAUGAUUAUCAUUCCUUUUCAUCAACUAUUUGACAUCUUUUCUAUGAGUAAUUUUGAAAGGUGUAAGAAGCACAGCAAGUUGACAAGCAAAUUCUUUUGUAUUAAAUGAAUUGACAUUCAUCUUUUGGGAUCAAAAAGAAAGAAAGUUGACAUAUCCCUGCAAAUGCC